UUGACAUUAGUUUGGGUCUAAUUUUACGUAUGAUAGACUCAUUUUCUUGUUCCAAAUAACAUCACACUCACCAUCAUCAAGACACCAUAAUUAUGCUGCCCGGCGUUGGCGUCUUUGGGACAGGUGCAAUCACCAAGGUUCUAGUGCCUAUACUACGUGAAAAGGGCUUUGAAAUCAAAGCAGUUUGGGGUCGUACACUGCGUGAAAGUGAGGAAGUAGCCACAUUCCUGAAUAUUUCAUUUUACACAAACAAAAUCGAUGAUGUGCUCCUACGUAAAGAUGUCGACUUGGUCUUCAUAGUCUGUCAGCCUUACCUGCAUGCCGAGAUUUCGGUUAAAGCCUUGGGCAUAGGCAAGCAUGUGGUUUGCGACAAGCCCAUGGGAUUGAAUCAGUCAGAUGCCAUGAAAAUGGUGCGUGCAUCUCAGUAUUAUCCCACUCUUAUAUCUUUGGUAAAUCAUUCAUUGCGAUUUCUGCCCGCUUUUACCCAUAUGAAGCGUUGUUUGAACGAAGGUUUAAUUGGACCGCUCAAUGAAAUUUCCUUGGUGGAUGUGCGCGUUCAAUUGGGCAGUUUAUUCCCGGAAAAAUUUGAUUGGAUGUGCGAUGCUGCCAUGGGAGGUGGUGCUCUAAAUUUAGUUGGCAGUCAUGUGGUCGACUUGGUCAGUUUCUUGCUCCACCAGCAUGCAGUGCGAGUUCAUGGUGUUGUGAAGGCAUACACCAAAACCACAAACAAUGUUAAUGGUAUUCGUCAAAUCUCUGCUCCGGACUUUUGUAAUUUCCAAAUGGAACUCGCCAAUGGUACACUGAUAACAACAUCUAUUCAUAGUCAUACGGUACCAGCGAAAACUUUCUCCCAAGAGGUUUUAAUCUGUGGCUCUCAAGGUCAUUUGGUGGUCCGAGGCGGUGAUCUUUUCAUAUUUAAGAAUAAGCCCGAUGCACCACAAACCGUGAAAGAAGAAGCCGUUUAUGUUGAUGUUCAGGAUUUGCAUUUUGCCACAUCAGACUCGCUACUGCCACGGCUAUACAUAAAGGGUUUGUGCAAAAUGAUUGGUGCCCUCAAAGAGUCCUUUGCUGUCAAGGAAUCGUCAUGGGUCAAAGAACCAGUGCAAGCUGCUGCCACUUUUGAAGAUGGUCUCUAUGUGCAGGCCGUUUUGGAGGCUGUACGCAAGUCAAGUGAGACAAAGGCAUGGCAGAGAGUGCAGAUAACGUCUGAUACUCCUUCAAAUCAUGAUCAAAUAAUGCGAUUUGCUCGCAUGUCGACUAUGUAAGGGAUUGUUAGGGGAAGUCGCUUACUGAUGGAAUAGUAUUUAAUGUAUUGCUUUUUUUACUCCUUGACUUUUUUGUAGUUAGAACAGUUUUUAAUAAUUUAAUAUACCUUAUAAAUUUAAUUUAUAUACAUCUUUUAAUUCAAUCGAAUGCAAUAAAAAUAAACAUAAUUUCUAA